CUUUACUUCUAGCUGUGAAUUCCACUACGAGAUUGUUAUAAGUCACCAACACAUCCUGCCUCCACAAUAUAGAAAUGGGUGGAAUCUUUUCUAAGUGGCGGCAGGCAAAGCCUUCCACGGUAGAAGUUUUGGAAAAAAUUGAUAAGGAUAUCCAAGCACUUGAAGAGUUCAGAGAGAAAAAUCAAAGGCAGCAGAAACUAUGGGUUGGAAGACUACUUCUCUAUUCGUCCAUUCUUUAUCUUAUUACUUGUCUGAUUAUCUACUUUUGGUAUCUUCCUGAUGACUGGACAGCAAGGUUGAUUAUGACACUUCCACUGUUUGCAUUUCCAGUUAUAGUCUGGACUAUAAGAACUCUCCUAAUUUUCUUCUUUUCUAAAAGAACAGAGAGGAACAAUGAAGCCUUAGAAGAUCUAAAGUCUCAGAAGAAAAAAAUACUUGAAGAAGUAAUGGAAAAAGAAACUUACAAGACUGCUAAAUUAAUCCUUGAAAGGUUUGAUCCAGAAGCCAAGAAGGCAAAGGAUGUUGAACCGCCAUCUGCUGGAGCAUCUGCAGUUCCAAGACCUGGCCAAGAACUUCGGCAUCGGACCCCGGUGCGAGGGAAUGUAUCCCCCCCAGUUGCACCAAAGCAGGGGUCUCCAAAGAUGAUGGGUCCGGCGCUGCCAUCUCCUGAUUCGCAGAGAGAGACUUCAGCUCCUGGCGGACCUCCAGAGAGAGCUCUUGCAUCAGCCUCACCACCGAACAUGUUACCGAGACAUCCUGGAACCCGUGCAACUCCAGUGCCUGGAAUGGGUCUUCAUCCUCCAGGGCCUCCAUUGGCAAGACCGAUUCUUCCUCGAGAGAGAGGAGCCUUGGAUAGAAUUGUUGAAUAUCUGGUUGGAGAUGGUCCACAAAACAGAUAUGCACUUAUAUGCCAACAAUGUUUCUCACAUAAUGGAAUGGCUCUGAAAGAAGAGUUUGAAUAUAUUGCAUUCAGAUGUGCCUACUGCUUUUUCCUGAAUCCUGCAAGAAAAACAAGGCCGCAAGCUCCACGACUCCUCGAUUACAGCGCUGAAAAGAAGCAGCCUACAGAGUUGCAGAAAACUGCAGAAUCACCAGAGUCUGGGGAAGAUAAACUGCACGAGAGCCAAAUGGUUGACGAACCUCUAGAAGAUGCUCCCCCAGUUACAGACCAGGGAGAUGACAAAGCACUGAGCACUGAGGACUUCAGUGACAAAGCAGAAGAGGAAGCUGAGAAGGAGCCCUCAGCAAGCCAAGAAACACCUGCAGCUUCAAAACACAAGUCCAUUGUUCCAGCUGACCAAAGAGAAGAACUUCUGGCAGAUGCUGAAUAAGUGCCUAAUCAUUUAUAGCUAUCUUUCUUUCAGUUGUUUAGUUUUCCGGUGGGUUGUUUUCUAAGGCUUGAUUUGUGUUUUCACUCUCAUGAGCUCAGAGUGCCACUCCCACAAUAUGUCAAAGCAAUGUCUACUACGAGGUAUUGUGCUGCAAGAGUGUGUGUGUGGGGGGGGGGUACGUGUAUGUGUGUGUUUGGUGAGCAGAAGCACUUCAGAAUGCACGCAUUAGCUGAAGUCUAAUCCUGGCACAGGUAACCUUAUGUAUUUGUUUUGCAUAUUAAGAUAAGCUUGCUUAAAGGAGUAUUUUUGUGUCUGAGUGAUCUCAAAUAUAGUAUUAUUUGGUCAUGGAACGAAGAGAGACUGUAAAUGACUUAACAUUGCAAUCCUAUGCAGAAUUCCUCCACUCUAAACAAGCCGAAGUCAAUGGGCUUAGACUGGAGUAUCUUGGCACAGGAUUGCACGGCAAAAAGAUGUGUAUUUAACUUUGGGUGGUCACUAAAACUUUUAGAACAUUUUGUAAUAUUUAGCGAUUGAAAUGAACUCAAACAUUAAAUACUUGGAUGUUUACAGGAGGAAUGGUGCUUAGGGUAUUUAAGCAGUACAGAUGUGUCAUUACAGUUGAAAGAAACCCCUAAAGCUUUGGGGAAGGUGAGCACUAGGAGAGUCUAGUUAAAGAAGCAAACCAAGGUACAGUCCCCGGGACUAUUUACAUAGCAGAUAGACUAAAAGUGUGUGAAAUAGAAGGCUAGCUUGUGUUUACAUGAGGCGUAGGAAUCUCUACACUUGAUUGUACUUGAAUACUGAACAUUAUUUAUACCUGUACAAUAAUGACAACAUAAGUGAAUUUUAUGUAUUUUGUUAAAGAAAAAUAAAGACACUGUAGCAUUAAA